AUGUUGCUGUCAAGAGCUUUGACCUUGUUCAUCCUGUGGGGUUCUGCCUCUUGUGUGCGGUAUCAGGCUGACUUCAACAUGAUGGGAGUCACUGGUUGGAUCCUUUUUGACUCCACAGUGCAGAAGUCCACCGCUAAUCUCACAGGAACCGGCACAUGUCGAUUCAAUAUCUCCCUCACUACAUUCCCGGUUAUGAACGGCCAUUUUGCUUCACCCUGUCAAAAGUCACACAUAGGAGACAGUGUGUUCACAUUUUCUGUAGAUCAGCCUCAGGCUGUUGUGAAUGUGUCCACUCUAUUUGAACAGCACAUUAGUCUGGAUGCCCUCUCGGUGCUGGUGGACACAUGCAAUGGCACAAGGAUUUGUGCUGGCCUUACUUCGGAGUCCCAGGUAAGAACAUGGCGGGCACGGUUUUUCAGUCCCGUGGCUGGAAACAUCUACAUCCGGCAAGUGACGGGAGAAGCAGGGGCAAGGGUUCUCUCUGAUCUAAGAAAUGUCGAUCAGACCAGGACUUUUCCAAAUGUCACGAUUUUAGUGUCACAAAGCUCUGCCACCAGCUGCAAUAUGCUUCUUGGUAGUCUGGAUCCCAAGAGUCUUACAAUGCUGGGUGUUUUGAAUGUGGGAUCACCUCUAGAACCUGUGAAGUCUCGGUUGGAAAUAUCUACUCUCAAUUCUAAUGUCCGCUUCGCCAUUCUCAACUUGACCUCAAGCUACAUGUGUGCAGAGAUCCGAAGAGUUGCAAUGAAGGUAGUUAGUGCUGUUGUGAACAUGCAAGGGAUUAAAGGCUACUUCACCUUCCAUCAACCAUCUCCGUUCGAUCUCACCACCAUCAUUGUUAACCUGACAAACCUGGAGAGAAGAGUUGGCCCAUACCACCUUCAUCAGUUUCCCCUACCCCAAAUGAGAUCUCCAUCAGACAGCAGCUGCAGUAACAACAACCUUGGGGGUCACUGGAACCCCUUUAAUGUGAAUACUCGGGCACCAGUGUAUCCGCCACCAAGAGGCUCCACUCAUGAUCUCUUUGAGGUCGGAGAUCUGAGCGCCAGGCAUGGAUCUCUGGAGAAUACAAAUAACUUUCAAGCCACUUUCACGGACUGGAACCUACCUCUGUUUGGGCGGAAUAGCAUUGUGGGUCGCUCUGUCGUGAUACACCUUCCCAAUGGGACCAGAUUUGCCUGUGCAAGUCUUGGCUACCCAGGCGAAGUUACUGUCGCCAAGGCUGCAUUUCGUGGUCUAGUCGUGGGGACGGUCCUCUUCACCCAACUCAGUAGUGACCCAUAUUCUGAUAUCUCCGUGUUCAUGGACCUAUCCUACGGACAACUUUCUACACCUUCUACAAUGAAUCACAACUGGCAUGUCCACAACUAUCCCAUCAGCACAGAGACUGACAGUGACAAGGGCAGUUGUCUGUCCACUGGAGGACACUGGAAUCCAUACAACAUAGACACCACUGGGAGUGUAUACACUGUUAACUGUGCUCCCGACAGCCCUUUUGCUUGUGAAGUUGGAGAUAUCUCUGGCAAGCACAAGACUGUGGACCUACAGUCUGAGAUGGGAACAGUGGCAACCAAGAACUUUUAUACUGACACCACCUCUUGGUUGUCUGGAAUGAUUGGACGUUCUUUGGUGAUACAUGGUCCAAACCAAACAGGUCCACGGUUUGCUUGUGCAAACCUCACCUUGUACCGCUUUCCCUCUGCUCGCUCGGAUUCUUGGCUUGGACCUGGAACCUCUGAAGGUCAAGUCCGAUUCUCCCAAGUCUCUCCUCAAGGGCCAACAAUCCUAAAUAUCUCCUUUACUGGGCUUAAUGCGAGAGCUGGUGGCUACCACAUCCAUAUUCUUCCAAUCAAGAGUGCCCAGGAACCUUGCUCUGACACCAACAUCAUGGGACACUUCAACCCGUUUUCUGUGAACACAGCCUCAUCUCCUGCUCCAAGGAAUGGCACAGUUGACCAGUAUGAGAUUGGAGACAUCAGUGGGAAGUUUGGAGGCCUGACGGGUCAGAACAACUUUCAGAACCAGGACAUGGAUGGUAAUAUGCCGCUUUCAGGACCGAACAGCAUAAUUGGCCGGUCUCUGGUCAUACAUUACGCUAAUGGCUCAAGGUUAAUGAACAACUGUUCUCAGGUCAGGGCUUUGUCCUGUUUGGUUGGACAUUUGACAGGAAGACAUGGAUCCAUAAGUCUUACCAGGAGACAACUGUACAAUGACAUUCUGUUGCAGCUGGCUGGAGACUUCACAGUUGUCCAGAAGUCAUUAGUUCUCAGACUCAAUAACACCACAAUCGCAUGUGCAGAUAUCCACCCAGAAUCCCCUUUUGCCACCCAGAUCUUCCCUACAAUGGCCUCCUUCAGCAGGCAUGAUUUCCGUAAGAGAGUGGCAGAUGUGGUAAACCUCCACAUAUCCAGAGUUUCCAUCUUACCUGGUUCUCCUUCACAAGGGUCUGAUGGGAAAUGCCAGCAGGUCAUUUAUCUGGUGUCAGGUGAGGUGAGCCAAGAGAAGCUGAGAUCAGUUAAGACGAGUGACAAGAUGGGCGUUUUCAAAGAAUCAAAGACGUGCAUUCCAACUGGAAACACAGGACUGAUGCUGGUCCCCUGCAGGAUGUUACUGUCCGUUAUGACGGCUGCAGUCUGUCUGCUCAGGUUACUGAGGCAAUAGAUGGACCUUGCAGUAAUAUCACAGCACUGCCUUUACUUCAUUACCUGAAUAAACCAGGACACGUUUGGCCCAACUGCAGGAAUACAUCAAACUGUCAAUAUUGCAACCAAAACUGGAAAAUUCCUCAUUUUGUCAUGUUACACACUCAUAUCCUUGUAAGAAAGUGAUAUGAUCAUGUUUCGCAAUCGUCUGAAUCUUGCUGCUCUGUUCUUAUUGGUGUUUCAAUGGGAUUAAUGGACAUGUAUUUGUUGUAAAUUCCUCAAAAGCCUAACUUAA